AAUGGAGCUGCUAGGAGCAUCUUCUCUCCUUUCAUUUUGCUUUCUAUUCCUCAUAUGCUUUCACCUACUGCUCCGCUGCACCCGGCUGAGCGGCCGCAGCCUCCCUCCUGGCCCUCGACCGCUCCCCGUGCUUGGAAACAUCCUCGAACUCGGAACCAAACCCCACCUAGCCCUGACUGAACUGGCCAGGAAACAUGGCCCCAUUAUGACCCUGAAGCUCGGGUCUGUUACCGCGGUAGUGGUCUCCUCCCGCGAGGCAGCAAAAGAGAUCUUCCAGAAAAACGACCACGUCCUAUGUGGUAGAAUGAUCCCGGACGCAUUCCGGGCAGGGGACCAUCACAAGCACUCCGUUGUGUGGUUGCCUGCCUCGGCCAAGUGGAAGGGCUUGCGGAGAGCAUGCUCGAUGCAAAUGUUCUCCCGGCAGAAGCUCGAGAGGACCGAAACCCUCCGCAGGAGAAAAAUUGACGAGCUACUGAACUUUCUCCACGAGAGCUCAGCCAGGGGCCGGGCAGUCAAUGUCGGUCAGGCCGUAUUCACGAUGGUACUGAAUCUGAUUUCAAACACGGUCUUCUCAAUCGACUUGGCGUGCCAAGACGAAGACCCAGCAGGGCUGCAUUUUAGAGAUAUUAUCUGGGGGGUGAUGAAAGAAGGCGGAACCCCAAACAUCUCGGACUACUUUCCGAGCCUUUGGCGGAUUGACCCACAGGGAGCCCGUCGGAGGAUGAACGGCCACUUCAAUCAGUUGAUUGCAGUUUUCGACAGCAUCAUCAAUGAAAGGACACGGUCAAGAGCUUUGCCAGGAGGUUCCCGGAGCGAUGAUAUGUUAGAUUCGCUGCUCGAUCUUGGUGACAGCUCCGAAUUAAGUAGGGAGGACAUCAACCAUUUACUUUUUGAUCUAUAUGUUGCUGGGGUCGAUACAACCCACUCCACAGUUGAAUGGGCCAUGGCAGAGCUACUGAGACACCCGGAGAAGAUGGCAAAAGCCCGUGCCGAGAUGGAACAGGUACUUGGCAUGGACACGAAGGUCCGAGAAUCGGACAUCCCAAAGCUCCCCUACUUACAGGCAAUCGUCAAAGAAAUCCUGAGGCUUUACUUGCCAUUCCUGCUACCACGCAAAGCAGAAUCAGAAGUCGACCUGUGCGGGUUCAAGAUACCAAAGAACACACAGGUCAUGGUAAACUUGUGGGCCAUGGGUCGUGACCCAAGCGUGUGGCAGGACCCAGAUUGUUUCCAGCCGGAGAGGUUUUCGAAGCUAGAGAUAGACAUAAGAGGGACUGAUUUCGAGCUCAUUCCCUUCGGGGCUGGGAGGAGGAUAUGCCCUGGGAUGCCUUUGGCCUAUAAAAUGGUGCAUUUGAUAUUGGGCUCUAUGAUCCAAUCCUUUGACUGGGAGCUUGGGAACGGGGAGACACCUGAGACCAUGGACAUGUCCGAGAAGUUUGGGAUCACUUUGCAUAGGACCAGGCCCCUCUAUGCCAUUCCAAUCGCACUACAACGUUAAAUCUUACUUAUAAAAUUUCCAAUGUAACAGUUUAAAAAUAUAGAAUCUGGUGAUAUUCCAGUCUUUCUAGCAUGACUCGAAAUCACGGUAAAAUGUUUUAGUACUUUAUGUUUAAGUGUUUAGUAUUCCAAUUUAAGUGUCGAGUACUUUUAGUACUCGUGAUUAAUAUAAACGUUAAUUACUUUUAUUUUCA